AUGGACGCCGUUCAUCUUGAUGCGGCAGUGCUAGUCUAUCUGCUCCUAAUAUUACUUGCUCCCACGGCGGCAGCGUCGCUCACCGGUUGUCCCAAGAAAUGUGGCAACAUUACCUUCGACUACCCCUUCGGCAUUGGUGCCGGGUGCUUCAAGGACCCCUGCUUUGAGCUCAUCUGCGAGCAGCAGCCCUCAAGGCUGUUCCUUAGGUGGUGGGGUGGUGUUGAGGGUCAACCAUCAUCAAUCAUGCACCCAUGCCUGCCUUGGGUGUUGAUGAUGGGAAUGCUGGCCAUCCGUAUGUAUCCGAUGGUUGCAAACGUGAUUCUCAAGGGUACAGUCCGGUUCCACAAAAGGUGA